AUGGCUGCGCAAGACGAACUGGAAUUACUCGACAGAGUAUUCCUGCGGAUUGGUUCAGCUGAGAGCGAUGACCAGCUUGAGAAUGUUGUCUGCCGUUCUCCCCCUGUGCUUCUUAAGCUCUCCAGUAGUCAAGAAGGAGUCAGGAAGAAGGUCCUGGAACUGCUGGUUCAUGUCAAUAAACGGCUGAAGAGUAGACCCCAGGUUCAAAUCCCUGUGGAAUCUUUACUGUUACAAUACCAGGACCCAUCUAGUAUUACGUUUGUCACCAAUUUCACGAUCUUGUACCUGAAAAUGGGUUUCCCGAGGCUUGAGAUCGAUAAGCAGGCUGAGCUGGCUCACUCACUCAUCAAGUGUUUAGAAGGGAAACCCCCUCUACAGCAAGAUAGUAUACUUCAGAUGUUAGUACCUACCCUGCCUCAUCUCAAGCUUCCAGACGACCAUACCAAGAGGAGAGCUAUCUUUGGUCUGAGUGAGAAAGUAGAAACCAUUCACCUUCUCACCACUUUCCUAAUGGACUAUCUCCUCUUACCCUACACCUUCAGUGAAGAGAGACCCAACACAGCACCAGCUGGGGGUCAGACUGGUACAGCCAGCUCUAGUACAACCCGACCUAGCUCCGCCUCUCAGCAGCCCACCUACCAGACCCCGCCCGGUCUCAGUCCAAACGCCCUCAAGAGGUUGAUAGGGGAACAUGGACUACCUGAUGCAAAUACUAUUGAGGAGUGUAAAGUUGGUAUUGUGCGUUUCCUGAGUGCCGACGUGUUGAGCGAAACAGACGUGGUUUGUCAUCUCAUCGUUGCAAGUUCUGAUACCAGAUAUACUGUGGCAACUGCAGCGGAUGUCUUUCUGAAGAAAAUUCAUAGUGUCGUUGACUGGAAUGACAUGACCGUUGUGAGAAGACUCUACACCCUCUUCCAAGGCAGUGUAGCGGUUAAAGGACAGCCCACACCAAAGCAAGAGGACAAGCGAUCUCCGGUCGGCACAAGAACUCGACUAAAACUCUUCCCAUACCUUCUAAGAUCAAGACUAGCCGCAGAUCAGUUUCCAGCAUGUGUUCAGGUCAUCUUUGACUGCCUAUACGGCGCAAACUCCAACAACAAGCUCAAGUCUAUGGCCGUUCAGUUUGUGCACCAUCUCUGCGCGGCCUGUAGCGAUGCCCGCAUGCAACCCAUGGGACCAAUCCUCCUCUCGGGCAUGGUCAAACUUAUCGCUGAAGCCAAAGAUAAUGUGAAACUAAGGAGCCUUGCUUAUGUUGCUGUAGGAAGAUUAUCCAAGAGACUACCACAGCUAUUCACCAAAGAUAUGGGUCUUCUACAACAGUUCUUUGAUGCCGUCUGCAAGGAAGAGGACGACACCCGAUUGCAUGUCCAGGAGGCGUUGACUCUGAUGGCUGUAGCCUACAAAGGGAUCCAGGAACCCCUUAUACAGAUCAUGGAGGUCCUCAUCAUGGCUAAUAUUGAAAAGUCUGAGUCUCAAGCCAGGAAGACAGCGGUCCACUACGCAGCGACGGUGUUUCCCAGCUAUCACGUAGCAUCCAGAUACGCCUUACUCUUAGCUACAGGAGACAGCAAAGAGGAUAUUCACCAAGAGGCUGUGCGAUCCCUGAAGCUUAGGAGGCAGUAUGACGACUAUGAGAGGGUAGAAGGUGAAGCUUCGGACGUCAGACCGGUACCGACCUUUGCAGAGAUGGUGCCUUUCAUCAGCGAGAAGGCUUCACAGAGGGUGAAGAGCUCCUCAAGAUACGUGACUGGGACCACACAUCUAGCCUUCAGACCAGAGACCUUUAGACAUGUCAUCUUCUACCUGCGCUCCUGCUUGCUCCACGACGCGGGCACCGACCUUCCCCCAGAGAUGCGAGAGCCCCUCCCCCUCGAGAACAAAGCACCCAUGGUCAGUCGCUACCUCCAGCAAACCCUCUCCAACCCCACCCUGCAGGCACCCAGGGGCAAGGGGAACUCCUCAGGCAUGGAACGGAACCCCGCUCUCUCAUACAUGGCUCUGAUUGGUCAGCUGCUGAAUGGGGCGGGGACUCCAGAUGUGAUGUACUGCCUGCUGGAGCUGGUCGCCAUGGCGCCCAACAAACUGGCGGGGCAUUAUAUCAACAAGCUAGAUUGGAUCAAGAACUUUGUGUUUGGUCUAUCUGAGCCUAUGAGAGAAUGGGCUGCUCAGCUGUAUGCUGUAGUAGCAUGUACGACCAACAUAGACAAACUUAAUGCUAUUCUACAAAGUCUUAUCAAGACUACAAAAGAUCAGUCUGUAGAAGGCCAACACGGCUCAAUGCUUGCACUCGGCUACACCAUCGGACACCACCUCAACAAAACCAAGACGCCCACCCGAGACCUGGUCGUGGAAGACAUGGAGGUCGAUAAGACGUCUUCCCAGGAAGCACUUCAGGCUACGAUCACCAAGGCAACAAACCUUUUGGUCUCAUACAUCGAUGACAGCAACAUGCUCUUCAGUCAUGGAGCAUGCCUGGCCCUGGGUGAGAUCGCCCGCAACGGUCCCCUCCCCAUCCCUCACGGUGAACUAACCCAGUCCCAUGCAGAGGACGGUAAGGUGGAGGAGUCCAAGAACAGCAAGAGGGGGAAAUCGUCAGGCGGAGGGACAGCGGAAGCAACUAAAGCCUCUCUCGUGAAGAAGUUGAUUGCGAAAUUGGAUUCCAUUAAAUUUUCUCAGAAGCUGAAGGAGCAAGCCUGUAUCACCCUUGGAUACCUCCCUGUAGGUGAUCCAAACUUCAAGUUCACCCAAGCAGUUCUAGAAGGCCUCAUCAAGGCAGCCAAUAGCCAGAACAACAAGCAGAUGGAGCUUCACUUCAGCGUGGGUGAUGCCAUCUCCCAGGCGUCCCUGGGCGCCCUCUCCCGGUCAAGCAGGGAUGUCUGGACCGAGGAGGAGGGGGAUCUGGCCAUCGGUAAGCCCCUCAAGAAGGGCCAGAAGGACUGGGUGGAGUGGACGGUCAACAGGAUACUCAAUGAAGAAAUCAAGAGUCAGAACCCACACAAGAGACAGGCUUCUUGUUUCUGGCUGCUCUCGGUGGCCAAGAAGUGUGGUAGCCAUCCCUCCCUGCAGAAACGUCUUGUAGACGUCCAGGGGGCUUUCAUCGACAUGCUCUCAGAAAGUAGUGAGUUUACCCAAGAUGUAGCUUCUAAGGGUCUCAGCAUAGUGUACGAACAAAGCAACGAGGAAGAGAAGAAGGCCAUGGUGAACACAUUAGUGGAUACACUAGCAACGGGCAAAAGAACAAGCAAGAAGAACGUGACAGGAGACACCAAGGUUUUUGAAGAGGGUGCUCUUGGAAACAAUCCAGAUGGGGGAGGCAUGUCCACAUACAGGGAGUUAUGUUCACUAGCAUCCGAUCUCAAUCAGCCUGAUCUCAUCUACAAGUUCAUGCAUCUGGCCAAUCACAAUGCUAUGUGGACCUCCAGAAAGGGGGCAGCCUUUGGGUUUGGCACCAUAGCAUCGCAGGCUGGAGAGCAGCUGAAGCCAUAUCUGGCGCAGAUCGUCCCCAAACUCUUCCGCUACCUCUACGACCCCAACGGCUCCGUCAGGGCAGCCAUGACAGGCAUCUGGGCCGCAGUGCUCAAGGACAACAAGACAGUGAUGGACACCUACUUGAAGGAGAUUGUGGAUGAUCUCUUAACCAACAUUACAAGCAGUAUGUGGAGGAACAGGGAGUCUAGUUGUUUAGCACUGAGUGAUCUUCUCAGAGGAAGGAACGUAGAUGACAUCGUGGAGCAUCUUCCAGAGCUCUGGGAGAAGUGCUUCAUGGUACUAGAUGACAUCAAGGAAUCUGUAAGGAAAGCAGCAGAAGCGGCAUGUAGAUCACUCAGUAAGGUGUGCGUUAAGAUGUGUGACCUGAACUAUGGUAAGAUCGGUCAGCGAGCAAUCACUCUGGUUCUACCGUGUCUCUUCAAAGGUCUCCCAAGCAGGGUCAAAGAGGUCAGAACAUUCAGUCUUUCAACGUUGGUAGCAAUGAGUAAGAAUGCCGGUGACUCGAUCAAGCCUCACAUACCCCAGCUUGUUACGGCUCUCCUAGAGGCUCUGAGUGGGUUAGAGCCCCAGGUCAUGAAUUACAUCAGCCUACAUGUAGGCAAUGAUAAAGAUGCUCAAGAAAAGCUGGAUGUUGCGCGGAUUGAUGCAAGCAAAUCCUCUCCCAUGAUGGAAACGAUUAGAAUGUGUGUGCAAUAUGUAGAUUCCAAUGUCCUCAGUGAACUAGCUCCGAGGGUCAACGACCUUAUACGUAGUGGGAUUGGUGUAGGAACCAAGGCUGGUUGCGCCAACUUCUUGAUUCUGCUGAGCCAGCAAUGCCCUCAGGAUCUAGCACCACAUGCAGGUAAGCUGCUGGCAUCUCUGCUCUCUGGACUCAAUGAUAAGAGUAUGGCUGUGAGGAAGCUCAAUGCCUCUGCAAUAGGAAACCUUAUUAAGGUAGCCAAAGACAGCAGUACAGAGAAGUUGAUUUUGCGACUGAAGACAUGGUUCUUGGAGAAAGAUGAUGGGGACCUCCAUGAAGCCAUGGGAACGACUCUCCUGGCCAUGGCCUGGUACAACCCUGACAUCCUGAAGAGGCAUGCUGCCGUAGCCCUACCAUUGGCCUUCCUAGCCAUGCAUCAGAAGAAGGAACCUGGCAAGGACUGCAUGUGGGAAGGAGUCUGGCUCGAUACAACACCAGGCACAGAGGGCGGCAUCCGUCUGUACCUCCCGGAGAUCGUGACCAUCACUCAAGAAGGUCUGGCCUCUACAUCGUGGCCCCGCAAGGCCCAGGCUGCCCGGUCCAUGGGCACCGUAGCCACCAAGCUAGGUGCUAAGCUCCAACCCCCUCAGCUGGGUCUGCUCCUAGGGGCUCUCCUGGAGGGACUGCAGGGGAGGACAUGGGACGGAAAGGAUGAAUUGUUGAAGGCCAUCUCCACAGUUUGUAUAUCAUGCAAGACUGCUUUACAGAUGGAGAUAGAAAAGCAGCCAACCAUGGAUACAGUCCUGAACGCACUCUUCAAGGAGAGCCGCAAGGAACGGGUCGAUUACAAGAUGGCUGCCUUGGACUGCCUAGCCUCGGUACUCCAGGCUCAUGAAGCAGAUAGAUUCAAGGAACUGACAGACAUCUUGUAUCCCAUCAUCAGCAAAGAGAAGUCUGAAGAUGACAGUGACGAGGAGGAUGUAACCGACAGAGCUCGGCAGGAUGAGAAGUUGAAACUCAAAGAAUGUACUUUCAUGAACCUUGGCCUUGCAUGGCCAUUGCAAAGGGAAACACAAGAAGUAGAAGCUUCCAAGCUGUGUGAAGUUCUAUGUGAGGGUCUAGAUGGCAGCACUUUCAAGAUUCAGCUAGCUAUUGUCAAGUCCCUUCAUAUCUUCUUGCAGAGGAUCUAUCUGCUGCAGCUGGAUAGCCUUACAGAAGAUGAACUAGCCCGACUUUCAUCAAUUCUAGAAACAUUUGUACCUGCCAUUUAUAAGAUGUUAGGUAUUGUGAAGUAUGCAGCCAUUAGGAAAGAAUCACUGGCUAUCCUGGAGUUCCUCAUGCCCAAAUUGGCAGAAUCCACUCGACUAUCAGUACUAACUUCCCAGCAGUCCAAGCAACUCCAGGAAGGUCUGUCAAAGGUUACUUCUGACGCAGACCCAGCAGUCCGAGAGAGGGCAGCAAACCUCAAGAAACUCAUCAAGGAGAACUUUGUCUUUGAAGAGGAGGAGGAGGAGGAGGAGGAGGAUGAUGAUGAUGAUGAUGAGGGAGAGAGUGGAGAAGAAGGAGGGGAGGAUGAUGGGAUGACCGCUGAGUGAGAGUUGCUCAAGAUUUCUUCUCGAGGAUGGAAAGCGCUGUACCACUGACAAGAAAAUGGAUGAUCAGCGGAUGUAGAAUGUGAGAUGGGA